AUGACUACUGGUGACGUAUCGUUUGACCACUCCACAAACUCUGCGCUUCAAAUAGGAUUUAACAAUGGCACUGUGUCGACAACAAUCAAUUUUGUCACUGAGCCAUCUGAAGCCCUGGAUAGGGCGUGUCUGCAGGAUUUGCGAGAAACCAAUCCCAUCCACGACAAAAUCCGCAUUGAGCAACUCAAGGGAGGGCUCUUCAAAGACUCAUACCGCUGGGUACUCGAGAACGAGAGCUUCAAAACAUGGCGGGAAGCUCUGAAUGGCCAACUACUUUGGGUCACAGGUGACCCUGGUAAAGGCAAAACGAUGCUUUUGUGCGGCAUCAUUGACGAGUUGCGGUCAGCUGCUGACAAGGCCACUCUUUCAUACUUUUUCUGCCAAGCUACCGAUGCUCGUCUGAGCUACGCAGUGGGUGUCUUGCGCGGCUUGAUCUUUUUGCUAGUCACUGAGAAUCAUUGUCUUCUGUCCCAUGUACGGAAACGAUAUGACAAUGAGGGAAAACAGCUUUUUGAGGAUACGAAUGCGUGGGCGGCUUUAUCAGGUAUCCUGAAGGAUAUUCUUGAAGAUAAACGCCUGCGCAGCACGUAUAUAAUCAUUGAUGCGCUCGAUGAAUGCGGCACUGACUUACUAAAACUCCUGGACUUCAUUGCUACGAAGUCAUCUGCUUAUCACCAAGUUAAGUGGAUCGUCUCUAGUCGGAAUUGGCCGCUCAUUGAGAAGCGCCUGAAGCUGGCCCAGAAUUCAAGGCUUUGCCUUGAACUGAAUGAGUUGUCUGUCUCGGACGCUGUCAGAGUCUAUAUUCAGCACAAGGUCAGCUGCUUAGCGCAGCGCAAUGAAUACGAUAGUGAUACCAAGGUACGCGUUCAGCGCCAUUUGACUUCGCAUGCGAACCACACAUUUCUCUGGGUAGCAUUGGUCUGUGAACAACUUGCAGAUGUCUCGAGUUGGGAGGUUGAAGAACAAUUGACGACGUUCCCCUCCGACUUGAGGGCUCUGUAUGAGCGAAUGAUGGGGAUUAUUGAUCAAUCUCGCAAGGCAAAGCUUUGCAAGGAUAUACUGGCUCUUAUGGUGACUGUUUAUCGGCCACUGACUCUCGAUGAACUCUCGCCAUACGUGGAUCUGCCAUCCGGAAGCUCCGGUAAUUAUAGGAUGCUAACAGAGAUCAUUAGACUCUGCGGCUCGAUUUUAACGCUUCGCGACGGCACGAUCUAUUUCGUCCAUCAGUCUGCAAAGGACUUCCUUGUGGCAUCUCCUCAUAGGGUGCUCCCGCUUGGAAUAGAUAGUCAACAUCGCACGAUCCUAACACGCUCCCUUCAAACAAUGCAGAAGAAACUUCGACACAACGUGUACAAUAUUCCGCACCCCGGUCACCAAAUAGAGCAAAUCAAGCAACCCAUUCCAGAUCCGUUGGCAGCCACACGGUAUGGAUGUAUUUAUUGGGUUGAGCACCUUUUGAACGGUGAUCCCGAUGGAAACCCGGAGCUCCAUGAUGAUGGCGGUGUGCAUUUAUUCCUACGGCAAAGAUACCUUCACUGGCUCGAAGCUCUUAGCCUUCUUCGGGAGUUCUCAGCAGGAAUAACUGCCAUGGUAAAGCUUGAGAGUCUACUUCAGAUUGAAGGGCAUAGUGAUUCAGUGACUUCGAUUGUUUGGUCCCAGGAUGGGACUCAAAUUGCGUCUGCGUCAUAUGACGAGACUGCCAAAAUCUGGGACUCAACAACCGGACAAUGCGUAUCAACCGUGUCUCUGCAAGGGGUUCACCCCACCACCAGUCCAAUAGCAUGGUCCCCCGACCAAGCCCGAUUUGCAUCCAUGCAUAGUGAUAGUAUCAUUAAUAUCUGGAAUUCUACUGGAGAAUGUCUUCAGAAACUUCACGCUUCUGGUAUAGUGGAUGUGAUUUCCUGGUCUUCUAAUGGGCUCCACCUCGCAUCAGGAUUGGAAGACGGAACAAUUCAAAUAUGGGAUCCUGCUCGAGCCUCUGAAUGCAUUCAACUCCUCCAAGGGCAUACGGAUAUGGUCUUCGUUAUUGACUGGUUUAGCGAUGGAAUGCGGCUGGCAUCGCAUUCACCAGACAAAACCGUUCGAAUCUGGGACCCAAUCACGGGAAAGUGCCUGAGAAUACUUGCCGGAAGGCAUUUUGAAUCUGGCGAUUGUCAAAUUCGAUGGUCAUACGAUGGAAGCCAGCUUGCAACAUUCACAAGUUUCACUUCGACCAUUAGGAUCUGGGACCCGAGCACGGGCAAGGGUCUUCGAGUACUGAAAGGACAUGGCGACGACAUUUCUGCACUUGCCUGGUCUGCCGAUGGGGAAAAACUCGCCUCGGGGUCGAAGGAUCGCACCGUCAGAAUCUGGAACCCCGUCACCGGAGACUGCAUUCUUACCCUCGAGGGACAUGAGAGUUGGGUGGACACGCUUUCCUGGUCACAUAAUGGAAGCCGACUCGCAUCAUCAUCAGAUGGGGUGAUUCGGAUCUGGGACCCAGCCCUCACCCAGUCGGCUUCGACGCUUGAGAGGCACGAGGGCGUAGUCAAGUCGAUCUCCUGGUCGCCUGAUAGAAGCCGACUCGCAUCGGCUUCUGACCGGACGGUCCGGGUCUGGCAUCCGGCCACUGGACGGCAUCUCUUCACCCUGGCUCCUCGUCACGAGGGGAUAGAACGAAUUGCGUGGUCGCCGGACGGAAGAUUCGUGGCUACCGCAGACGGUUCUUACCCGAUUUCAAUCUGGAGUAUGGCUACCAGAGAAUGUCUUGAAGUGAUGGACCGUGGCGUGGGAGUUCAUGCAAUUUGCUGGUCCGACGAUGGAUGCCGACUAGCUUCGGCGGCAUCCGAUAAGACUGCGAGGAUUUGGGAUCCAGCCACCGGGCGCUGUCUUCAAAUCCUUGAACACAGCACGGAGAUUCAAGCAAUUAGCUGGUCCCACGACGGGUCGCGGCUGGCAUCAUCAUGCUGGUCUGCUCGCUGCCAUUCUGCCGUGAUGAUCUGGGAAGCCGCUACGGGAGUGUGCCUCCAGACCAUGGAAUGGCAUGGCGCUCCGGCCGGAUUUCUUGCUUGGUCUUAUGAUGGGUGUCGGCUCGCAUCAGCGCCAGAGCCAGACCCGUCGCGCUCGUCAGACUCUGUUAUCAUAUGGGAUGCAACGGCUGGGCGUCGUCUCCAUACUCUGGAGGGGAAAGCUUUCGUUGAUGUGAUUACCUGGUUCCCUGACGGGUCCCGGCUUGCAACAGCCUCCGAAGAAAGCCCCGUGUUUAUUUGGAAUACAAGCAACGGGCACUGCAUCGCAAAAUUCAGGUUCGGCUCUACCGUUCUCCAGUUCGACAAGCUCAAUCCGAAUUACCUGCACACAAGCGUCGGCACAUUCGAUUUAGCGUCCCUGCCGUCGACCGUGGAUGCUGAGAUAUCUGCCUGGGAUUGGUCUCCUUCACCACCACAGAUCGGGUAUGGUCUGAACAACGAGCAGUCCUGGAUCACGUACAAAGGGAUCAAUCUCCUCCGACUACCCUCGGAGUUUCGACCUACCAGUGUAGAGUCAUUCAUGAUUUCUGGAUCGAUAGUGUCAAUUGGCUGUUUGUCUGGUCGUGUCCUGAUCUUUUCGCUCUCGCACAACCCGAUCAUUAAUAACCCGAUCUCCUCGGAUCUCGAAUUGGGCAUUCUGAUCCAUGGAUAG